AUGAUCCCUUCUCUAUCACUUCCUCCUCCCAUCAUGCCACAUCGCGUAUAUGGUCACAAUUAUCUCGACAAAAACUGCCUAGUUGAAAUAUCCGUUCGUCGUUUCCCGUCACGAGACUGUCCCGCGGUUAAACUUCAUUCCCGCCUGUCAAAUUCUCUGUACCAAGAUUCUCAUCUACCAUCUUCAACGCCGCUCAAAUUGGUUUUGACAGCUGGACCACAGAUUAACUCUGCACCAUAUAGUAUUGCUUUACCUCAAAAAAACGAACAAGAUGUACUUGCAUUUCAAGUACCAUCAUUGGAUGAGUUUUCGCUGGAAUUUUCUAUUUACCCUACUUUUGGCACCAAGACCAUUGGCCGCGCAGUUGCUCUUUCAUCAAUGUUCCAAGGUAAUGAAAAUGGGCGCGAGCACAUUCUACCUAUUCUGGAUAACCGCUUGCAUAUCAUUGGAGAGGUUUACCGUUAAUGUAACAACACCCUUUCGUGGAGUUACCCUAGAAGUUGGUGGAGCAGUAGAAACCUAUUGGAAGUCUACAGCUUUACCGAUGCGUAGAUUCCCUGUUAUAAAAUCAGCCUUACCCUGGCAGCACUCUCCUCGAUCUCUGGACUCGGCUCAUACUUCGCCCUCAAAUCAAUCCAAUGCUACUUCUUCAUCACAUACCUUGACUAUUUCGUCACUGACUGGGAACUACAUUCAUGCGGUAAUUCAGGUGACAAGAGAUUUCCAUCCCGUAGUUUACACUGGCUUCCUUCUGCCAGAACAGGGGUUCGACCUUACUGUAGCUGAUGUCACUCUUGCACAAUUCGAAGCGCUGGCACAACGUUCAGGGCGCAGUGAGGGUAUGCCCGGCAAUCCAAGUACCAUGCAUGAUUGGACGGGAUAUCUUUCACAGGCCAUGCUUUCCCUCGCUCAUCUGAUGAAGAUCUUACCUGUUCAUCUGGGAAUGACACUGGAGCUCGAAUUUCCGCUGCACCAGACAGGACAUAGCCUGAAUAGUAAUCAGCUGCCAUUGGAUUUGAAUGAAUGUGUAGAUUCAGUUCUGCGCACAAUUUAUCAUACGUCAGCGUCCCUUGGAGGUCUCUUCUCUCGACGCCGGAUUACUUUUACAUCAUUCUCCCCCCGCGUAUGCGCCGCGUUGAACUGGAAGCAGCCAAAUUACCCUGUCUUUUUGGCAUCACAAUGCGGACAACAUGGAAAGUCACUUUCUGGGUCGAACUUGCUGCGCGCAGGGUGUACGGAAGAUGGCAGCAGUACCUGGUUAUCCAGUGUCGGCGCAGGUGUGGACUUCGCCAAAACGAAUAACCUAUUGGGUGUAUUUUUUGAUGCCGAACUGCUGCUUCAGGUCCCUUCAUUAAUAC